UUGCAGGUUCUCGAUCUAUCAUACAACUUUCUACAAACAGUUCCAUUCGAAUUGCCAUGUCCGUUUCCGUCACUGACCUCGCUUGAUCUUCGACAAAACUUCUUGAAAACUCUCACUGUCAACGCCUCAUGUCUGUCAAAUGUUCGAUCUCUGGAUCUAAGCAGAGAUGCGAAUGAUAUAAUCAAAGUGGAGUGGUGUAUGCCACGCUUACUCUCAAAGAUCCGAGAUAAGCACAGUCUGGUAUGCGAUCGAGCCAGCCCUCGAAAUUAUGUCGGUGCUCGUCUGGUGGAAGUUCCACUUCACAAAUUGGAUUGUUCUGAGAAUCUAUUUGCAAUGAGUUCAUCACAUUACUCAUUGUUCGUCGCGCUCGUCGUCCUUCUGGCAUCUUUUCUACUUUGA